AUGAAGAAGGAAAGGGAAAACAUGGCCAGCACGAUCCAAGCCCUGAGCGGCGCUGGGACAGAUUUAGCAGCCGAUCGAUUGUCGAGCUGUGACUCUGCAGGGCACAUGCAGGGAUCUGAGGCCGAGCCGCCCGCUGAUUGCUCCAGCCCGCAGCACGCCUUUCACCUGUUUGGCCUUAGCGUCUGCAACCAGACUGGUGAGGGCCUAGUCACAGUGCGCCGAGUUGGAGCUGCUCAAGGGCUGGCUCUCAAGUUGCUGCGCUGUACUGCAGUCAACCGUGACUCGAUGUCCAUCUCGGCUCCCUCAUAA